AUGGCCACGGUCGAUCGAAAGGAGAUCGGCUCGGUGCCGUUGAAGACGGUACUUCGCCAGUUUCCUAUCGAACAGUCUGAGUCGUCGUCCUCCGACGGCCAGCUAGCCUCGGCAUCCGACUCCGAGGUCAGCACCGAUGCCUCUCCGAGUGCCGAUUAUACAGCCGUGAAGAAUGCGGAUGCCUACUUCGUCUUCGGCUCCGGCAUGAUCCGAUCCGGCAGCGAGGUCCAGAAAAUCCAGCUUCCUCCUGGUCUCGACCUCCCAAUCCCAGCAAAGCCCAGGCCCAUUCUGGGCACCUAUCCCAAUUUGGCCGAGAUGCCCCGCGCGUCUCCAGUGGCUUCUAUGGGUCCCAUGUCUCCCAUGGCUCCCAUGACUCCGAUGGUUCCCGCAGCUGCCGUACCUCCCAUUGCUCCCGACCAUGCCCCUGUGGGCCCGACCUUGAUGUCCCCAACCGCUGCCCAGAUGGAUGCAAUGCAGAAGCGUCUGAACCAGCAGAUCGUCGAAGCCGCCAAGGUCCCGAAAGCCGAGGCCGGAGCAAAGCUCCUGGCUCUGGCAGAGGAAAACAUCGACAAAAUGAAUGCUGUGAACCUCUCCACGGCUUUGCACCGGCUUGCGCGUGCUUGGACCAACAAGCAGGGGAAGGGGCAGAAGUCCUUAGCACGCCAUCCCGUCGUUUCAAGGAUGGUGGAUUUGGCUGAGAACUUCGCAGAGCGUGAGCUGCAAAAUCGUGACAACAGCAUGCCAGCAAACUGUUGCACCAUCAUUGCCUGGUCCUGCUCCUCCUUGUCGUUCUUCCGCAGCUCUCUUUUCGCUGUGUUGGUCAAGGUGGCUUCGCGAGGUGUGGAGGAAUGCCAAAGCUUUGAGAUCACCAACUUGAUGUGGGCACUUGCGGAGCUGUGCCGACGUCGACCGCAAAUGGGUAAGGAGCUUUCACUCAGCAUCCAGGAGCUGGUGUUGGCCACGGCACCCGUGUUUAUGAAGUGGCAGCUACACACAUUGAAUGUGAGGGUGUUGACUUCCGCGCUGAUGUCCCUAGCCUUCUUCCCACCCAUGGACUUGCUGGCGCAUGGAGUGCUCAUUGCCAAGAUCGUCCUUGAGCUUGCCGUCCGUGACGAGGAGUUGGCUUCCGAAAAUCAAGUUGUCGUCGCAGCAUUCCAGACGUUGUCCAGGAACCAUUCGUCCGUAUAUCGGGAUGUGCUUCGCUUAUGCCAGCAGACCUUCCCACAGUCUGCGGCCCACCGUCUGAUGAAGUCGAGGCCCUCGAACAAGACUCGGAAGUGA